GCGGCGGAGUGGGACACCAUGAGCCUCUCGCUGGUGCCGCAGGCCUUCGCCCUUCUCCACGCAAGGCACCCCGCGCUUCUCUCCAGCGUGGCGUCGCAGCUCCGGCGCGAGACCAGCGCGGUCUGGGGUCCGGGCGACCUGACUCGCGUCGUGUGGGCGUGCGCGCGGCUGCAUCUUGCGUUCUUUCGGCAUCGGGACGACGCCCUCUUCCGGGACGCCAGCUGCAAGGCGCUGUCUCGGCUGCCCGAGUUUCCAGCUGGUGUGCUGACGCAAGCCAUCUGGGCGUUCGCCACGGCGGGCCCACCCGAGGUGGCCAGCCACUUCUUCCCGCGCGCCGCCGAGUCCAUGCCAGGAGCGGCCCUCUCGGCCUACACCACUGCCCACCUGGCCAUGGUCGUCUGGGCGUUCGCUGCCACGCAGUUCCGGCCAGUGGAGCUCCUGGAGGAGAUAGGCGAGGCGGUGCCUGGUAAGCCCAAGUACAACUCACAGGACGUCACCAUGAUCGCGUGGUCCUACGCGACGCUGCUGGCGCCGCAGCGGCGGGUCUUCGAGUUUCUCGCGCGGGCUGCGGUGCGGUCGGUGGGGUCCUUCAAUCCGCAGGACCUGGCGAACGCCGCGUGGGCGUUCGCGACGACGGGAGAGCACGCCCCAGACAUGUUCGACGCCAUCGGGGACGAGGCGUGCGCUCGCGUCUCGGAGUUCUCCUGCCAGCACGUGGCCAUGCUCCUCUGGGCGUUCGUCACUAUCAGGCACAGGCACGACCGGCUCUUUGGCGUGGUGGGCGGAUGCGCCCGCGUCGACCGCGGCUCGUGGCACAGCGCCAAGCUGCUGGCCUACGCGCUCGCGGGGCUCCCCGCCCUCGGCGCCAGGCUCGGCAGCGCAGAGACGACGUCGCGGGUCGCCGCCGAGAUCGUGGAGGCGUGGCUCCACCGCCGCCAGACCGGCGUCUCCGAGGAGGACGACGUGCACACGGUGCACGACGCGGUGUUCCCGUGGGUGGACGCGGCCGUGGCAGGCUGGCGCGAGGUCGAGGAGGCGCUGAGCGUCCAGCGGCAGAGGCUGGUUGCGCUGGAGCGCUCCGCGGUUUUCGCGGCCAUCCUGCCGCCCGCGCCGUCCGCCAUGGACACGCCGACCGUGCGGGAGUACCAGGCUGCGGUGCAGGCCAUCGGCGUCCGCGGGCUCGGCUCCGUGCACACCUGGCGCUUCCUGCGGGGAGUCGGCCUCGCCCGCGCCGACCCACAGCUGGCGCACCUGGCUCGCAAGGCCCGGGCGCGGGCGCAGCGGCACCGCCUCGGGCAGGCCACGGGCCGCGGCGAGCGCGCGAACUGGUGCUUCUGGCGCGGGCAGGUGCGGGCCCGCAGCGGGCCCGGAGGGGAGCGGAGGUCCGUGGAGGAGCCUGGCCGCCUGCAGAGCAGCGCCGUGCUGGGGUACCGCGAGGACCCCCGGACUGUGCGGGCCUGGUGGCGGUCAUGA